AUGUGGAAGUUGAAGUACGUCGCCGGUCGUCUCAGUCCCAAUCGCACAUUCCCGACUGCCCUACGCCUCUUCAACCACGCUUCCACCCAACGCCACCCUCCUCAACCUUCCUCAACCGUCAUCUCUCAAACCAACUUCUCCAGAGCCAUCUCACUCACCAAACAACUCGUCCUCUCCAAUUCCCACACCGCCUGCUCCUCCCUCUUCCACGCGCUCACCCACUCCCAAGCACCCAACUUGGCUUCCGUCCUCAUAGUCGCCUUCUGCGAAUUGGGUCAUGUCCAAGAAGCUCUUUCGGUGUAUAGAAACGUCUCUUCUUUGCCUCUCUUGAAGGCUUGCAACGCGCUUCUUCACGCCCUCGUCAACACCCACAGAUUUGAUUCACUGUGGGAGGUCUAUGGGGACAUGGUGUCGCGUGGAUUCUCCCCUACCGUUGUGAGCUACGGCAUUUUGAUGCAGGGCUGCUGCAGCCAAGCUGAUUCUGUUGGUGCACGCAAGCUAUUUGAUGAAAUGCUCCACCGCAAAAUUGAACCAACCGUUGUGGUUUACACUAUUAUGAUCAGUGUUCUUUGCAAUGAGGGUCGAAUGGGAGAUGCCGAGGGCGUCUUCCGUUUGAUGAGGGAAUCCGGAGUGGCGCCUAAUUUGUACACUUAUAAGACUCUCAUGGAUGGUUAUGGCAAGGUAGCUAAUGUGAUCCGGGUUUUCGAGUUGUAUGCUGAAAUGCUCUGGCAUGGAUUGCACCCUAAUGUUGUCACAUUUACUACUAUGAUAGAUAUUCUGUGCAAGGUGGUGGGGGAUCUGAAAACGGCAAGGAAUUGCUUUGUGUAUAUGGCAAAAUUCGGGGUUGUCCCUAACGCGUAUGCUUAUAAUUCUUUGAUUGACGGAUGCUGUAAGGCUGGGAACUUGUCAGAAGCAAUGCGUUGGAAGCUAGAAAUGGAAAGGUCUAAAAUCUCUCCGGAUGUUUUCACUUACAAUAUCCUCAUUAAGGGUCUGUGCGACUUGGGGAGAUUGGAAGAAGCUGAGGGUUUGAUGCAGAAGAUGGAGGCUGCAGGAGUUCUUGCGAAUUCUGUGACAUAUAAUGUGAUGAUUGAUGGGUACUGCAAGAAAGGCAAUAUGGAGAAGGCCAUUGAGGUGUGCUCUGAAAUGGUUGAAAGGAAAAUUGAACCCAAUGUCAUAACGUAUUCUACGUUGAUUGAUGGGUUUUGCAAGAACAGGAGUGUAAAUGCUGCAAUGGGCAUGUACACAGAAAUGGUAAUCAAAGGUCUUGUGCCGGAUGUGGUGACUUACACAGCUCUGAUUGACGGGCAUUGCAAGCACGGGAACAUGAAAGAGGCUUUCAGGCUGCUCAAGGAGAUGCUUGAUGCAGGAUUAACACCAAAUGCGUUUACAUUUAGUUGUUUAAUUGAUGGCCUUCUGAAAGACGGAAGAACAUCUGAUGCAAUCAAACUGUUCUUGGAGAAAACCCGAGCUGGUUUCGCUGGAGUUAAAAUGCAUAGCAGCCUGUAUUCUCCAAACAAUGUGACGUAUGUGAUUUUAGUUCAAGGUUUGUGCAAAGAUGGACAAAUUUUUAAGGCAACUAAGUUUUUGCGGAUAUGA